CUUAGAUGAGCACGGAAAAGAAAAUCUUUUCGAAAAAAAUUAUACUCUAAAUAUCAUAUGGACGCUGGUUGCGGCGAUUUUCUGUGUCGGAGGCACACUUGCGGCUUUCGGUAGCAAAAAGAUCAUCGAUCUCCUGGGGGAGAAGAGAUCGCUCUAGUCAAUAAUGUCCUGGGUGUGGUUGCUGUUGUAAUAAUGGCAUCCUCGUAUGUUGCUAGCUCGUACGAAGUGCUUAUUGUUGGACGAUUUGUGGCUGGUUUAAACGCUGGUAUUACAAGUGCGAUCGCACCAAUGUAUAUGACUGAAAUAUCUCCUUUGAAAAUUCGAGGUGUUUUUGGUGGACUCUACGAGUGCUUCCAUGUUUUUGGAAUAUUAUUGUCGGAAAUCAUUGGCUUGCCAUUUCUAUUGGGCAAAGCCGGUUUAUGGCCAGUACUGUUUGGUUUAGCUGUCAUUCCCAGCCUUUUUCAGUUGUUUACGUUUCCUUUUUGUCCGGAAAGUCCAAAAUAUUUGCUUAUGGAUAAGGAUAAGCCCGGUGAAGCAAAAAAAGAACUUGAGCGAUUACGAGGCUCAGUGCGAUAUGAUCAGGAAUGGGAAGUCAUGCUACAAGAAAAGGAAGAUCUGCAUCAUCGCAAAGAACUUCCGAUAAGGAAAUUCCUGAAAAAUAAAUUCCUUAUGCGCGUGGCACUAAUUGCUGGAGUUGUCACUAGCAGUUCGCAGCUGUGCGGCCAUGACACGGUGAUUUAUUAUUCAACCGGUAUAUUUCGAAGUGGGGGGUUAACAGGAGACAGCGCAGAAUACGCUACCGUUGGUGUGGGUGGUGUUCUUCUUGUCUCAACAAUUGCAGCAACUUUAUUUGUCGAUCACGUUGGACGCCGAAUCUUGUUACUGUUCGGCUUGGGUGCCAUGUGCGUCCUUACUGCUAUGUUGACGGUUUUUCUUGCUCUUUUUGAAAAAGCACAUCCGAAUGGUUGUGAAUCUGGAACCGUUGGUGCCGGCUAUGAAUGGACCCCAUAUGCUACUAUGGUGGUUAUAUUCUUGUUGUUAGUCACAUUUGCCAUUGGUCCAGGCACCAUUCCACCAUUCAUUACUGAUGAACUGUUUACGGAUGAUGCACGACCGGCUGCCUCCAGUUUGGCUCUAGCCAUUCUUUGGAUUUCGGAAUUGAUACUCGUGGGAACUUUUCCCAUUAUCCAGUCGGUCAUUGGCGCAUACACUUUCGUCAUCUACGCUGUUCUUCUGGUCUUCUACUUUGCUUUUACGUUUUUCCAACUACCAGAAACAAAGGGGAGAGAAAUAGAAGAAGUGGUCGAAGAACUUAAACAAAAAUAUGGAAAGCGGGCUGGCAGCCGUGACUCCUAACCGUUCCUCUGGACGAGCGGUAAUGCACUAACACUUCAGGCAACAGCAGUAUUAGCAGUAAAUCCAAAAAAGGAUCUGUUGUGGAAAAUUCUCUUAUUCAUUAAAUACUGUAACGUUAGAAACUUUUGAUCUGGAAUCUUUUGCUUUCGAGAAGCGUGAAUAAUUUGUCCCGUCCAACGGUCCAAGUGCAAUUUUUUAGCUGUGAACUGUUAAAUGUUUCGGACAAUCUGAGAUUUGCUUGGCUUAAACUCCACCGAUGCAUU